UGAACAUUAUUUUCAGGGAUUUCAUCAUAUAUUUUUUUUUUUCUAGAAUUUACGAAUUACUGUAAAAUUAUGCAUGGUGGCAGAGAAGGACAUCGGAGUUAGGCAAUGACCGAUUUAGACUGAAUCAAGAUUUUUCUUGAAGAAUUAAAUAGGUUCGCCGCAGAAUGAGUCUGUGGAAUUUAAGGAAUAUGAAAACUGAGGACCUCAAGCCUCUUUAUUUUGAAGAUUAUCAUAAAUCAGAAAAUAUGGAUGAUGACCUGAUUGAACAAGACAACCCUGAUCACAGUGGAACACUGGAUCCCAGUCUAGAAGCAGUCAAGUGCAAAUGGGAGAAGGAGCAGCUGGAGAUAAAGAAACAAAUAAGCUUAGAUGAUGACAAAAUAGUUAAAAAGAUGCUGUCCAAAUCAUUCAAAGAGACAUUUUACAUUGGAGGCAUGGACAUUUCCUUUAUUAAGGGAGACGAUAUCAAUGCCUGUGCUGCUUUGGUUGUCUGCUCUUUUCCUGACUUAGAGGUUGUGUAUGAAGAUUAUCAGAUGGUGAAACUUACACAACCAUAUAUUGCGGGGUUCCUGGCCUUUAGAGAAGUGGAAUUCAUGGUUCAGUUAUAUGAGAAUGUGAAGGAAAACGAACCUCAGUACACACCACAGGUGAUCAUGGUGGAUGGAAAUGGAAUAAUGCAUCACAGAGGUGUGGGAGCAGCCUGUCAGCUUGGAGUCCUAUUGGAUGUACCUUGUCUAGGAGUGGCCAAGAAUCUCCUGCAGGUGGAUGGAAUUGAGAAAAAUGAAGAACAUGCUGAAUUGAUUGCAAAUUUGAAGGAAAGUGGAGACAGUUUUCCUCUGGUCGGGAUAUCAGGAAAAUACUAUGGAAAGGGACUGAAGAGUUGUGAAGGAGCCACUAAACCUAUAUAUGUGUCACCAGGACACAAAAUCAGCAUUGAUUCUGCUGCAUUGCUGGUACACCAGUGCUGUAAAUUCAGGGUUCCAGAGCCAAUUAGAAAGGCUGACCUAAAUUCUAGAGAGUAUCUACGAAUCAAUUUUUAAGAUGAUUCAUAAUUCCAUAACAAUUAAAAGUAUACAGUAUUGGUACCUAGUAGAGUGUAUGUUUUUAAGUUUACAAUCUAUUUAAAAUUUCUUUAAAAUGUUACCGGAUUAUGUCUGUUGAGGAGAUUGACUCAGAUUUGGAAUACAUGUACAAUAUUAUGUUUAUUGUGUUGAAUAUUUUUAAGCUCACCUGAGCCGAAGGCUCAAGUGAGCUUUUCUGAUCAAAAUUUGUGUGUUGUCUGUCUGUUGUUACAAUUUCAUCUUCUUCUCCAGAACCACUGGGCCAAUUUCAACCAAACUUGGCACAGAGUAUUCUUGGGUGAACGGGAUGUAAAUUUUUUGGAAUGAAGGGCCACACCCUCUUCCAAUAGGAGGUGCCGGUAAUUAAGAAAUAGUGAAUAUUGGGUUUAGUCAUUUAAAAAUCUUCUUCUCAAGAACCACUGGGUCAGAAAAGACGAAACUUAUGUGAAAGCUUCCAGACAUAGUAUAGAUUCAAGUUUGUUAAAAUCAUGACCACCUGGAGUUAGGGUGGGGCAACUAUGGGCGAUCACAGUUUUGCAUGGGAAUAUUUAGGAAAAAUAUUUUAAAAAUUUUCUGCUCAAGAACAGCACAGCCAUGAUUAGUCAUAUUGAUAUGGAAGCAUCCUCAGGAGUGUGCAUCCAUGUUUGUGGAGUUAGAGAAGGGCCACAAUAGGCAAUCAAAGUUUUACAUAGGAGAAAUCUUGAAAAAUCUUUUUCCCAGGAACAGCAAAGCCAUGAUUAAUCAUAUUGAUCUGGAAGCAUCCUAGGGUAGUGUAGAUUCAAAUUUGUUCAACUCAUGAACCCCAGGGGUAGGGUGAGGCCACAAUGGGCAAAAUUUUACAUAGGCGUAUGUAGGAAAAAUCCUAAAAAAUCUUCUCAAGAACAACAAACUGGUGAUUAGUCAUAUUUUUAUGGAAGCAUCCUCAUGUAGUGUAGAUUUGAGUUCAAAUCAUGUCCCCUAAGGUAUAUAAGAAUAUUUAGGGAAAAGAAUAUUCUGAUGAAGAACAGAAGGCCAUAGUUACUCAGGUGAGCAUUAUGGCCCAUGGGUCUCAUUAUUCAGUUCACUAAAGUUGCAUGUAUAAUGUGUAACAUGUUGCUCAAUGGUUUAAUUAUAAUAAGCCAGUUUAUGUCAUUUUUGUGUACCAUUUGUCUCUUAUUGUUAUGUCUUUUGACAAGGAAUUUUAUUAUCCUUCCAUCCAUCUGCUUUGAUUUUACUAAAUGGGGCUGAGUGUUGCAUUUAAUCAGCCUUGGAAUAUGUGCCAUAUCAAUAAAAAGCUAAGUAAUGCACAAGAUCCAUAGCAUUCAGGCACAAUUGACAUUAAUUAAAUAUGUGCAGUUUAAAUGUCUGAAUGAGAUUUUACACUCAUUGACUUUAAUGUUUGAGAUGUUAUAUACAUGUAUUUUAGUAUUUUGUAUUUAUGUACAUGCAAUUUAUUUGUUUGUUUGUUUGUUUUUUUUACCAUUAGGAGACUUACAAUUCUGUGAUACAUAACAUCCAGCAAGUCUACAUACAUAUCAAAUAAAGAAAAGAGAAUUUGUA